CAUCCAUUUCAAAGAGGAAGAAACUGAGGUUCUGCGGGUAAAAUGACUCAUUCGUGCUUAUACAGUGAUUAAGUGGCAGAAUCGAAACCAGCUUCUUGGAUUCUAUUUCAGCAGUUUUUCUACCUCCCUAAGUUGCCUUCAAACGGGCCUAGAUGGACCGGACCUAUGACCUUGGAAUUGUCAGCGCAGUGAUCCGACUAGCCCUGGACUCUCAUUAUCCCUCAUUAAACACAGCCCAAUCUUUUCCAUCCGGAAAGAUCAAGCAACCCGGGAUGGAGCAAUCCUCCCCACCCUUUUCAGCCUUGGAGCGUAGAAGGGGCGGAGGGGAGGACAGCUGUAGGGGAGGGAAGUUAGGCUGCAGUGUAACUGGGAAUCUAAACAAACACGAAGCCGGUAAAAGACUCCGAAUUUUAGCUGCGGGUCAAAACUUCGCUGCAGGUGGAGACGAAGGGGAAACAAAUUACGGUUUAAGGCGUCGAGGUUAAGACCCGGUAAGAGCCUGGCGGAGUGGGAGGGCUUAAGGGCGGGGGCGGGGACUGGAUCUGUAACCUGGUUUGCCGCGCAGGAAGGAGCGGGGGUGGGGCCUGCACGGGUUCCACUGAAUGAACCCAAGAGGGAAAUGGAUGGAGAGAAGGGGCGGAGCCUGGGGCUGGAGGAUGGGGAGGGCCGCUCCCCCCUAUUCCCUUCCCCUCGCCCCGCCCCCAGGACGGCGCGAGCAGCAGAGCCGCUGCGCGGGGCUGACUGGGGAGCUAGGACGCCGCGCUCGUGUCCGCCGGCCACAGCCCGGAGUUGAGGGACUGGGGCUCCGGGCGGCUCGGGGGCGGCAGCAAUAGCCACGGGAGGAAAACCAGCGGGAACAUGGCGCUCGUAGGCAAUGGAGCGGAGCACGAAGCGGACGAGGAAACUUUUGAAGAUGCCUUUGAAAACCUCCCAUUGGCAAACAAGAUGGAUCUAAGGUGUUCCCUGGAGGAGUGUACAAUGGCAUUAAACUUAUUUCUAAAUAAUAGAUUCUCAGAAGCUUUGGAAUUACUUCGGCCAUGGUCAAAGGAGAGUAUGUAUCAUGCUCUGGGCUAUAGCACUAUUUUAGUAAUGCAGGCAGCAAUGACCUUUGAGCACCAGGACAUCCAAAAUGGCAUUUCCACAAUGAAGGAAGCUUUACAAACCUGUCAAAAAUUCAGAAAAAGAAACACAAUGGUAGAAUCUCUGUCAAGUCUUGUUUCCAAAUCAUCAAUGGAUCAGCUGAGUGAAGAGGAAAUGCAUGCUGAAAUCUGUUAUGCGGAAUGUCUACUACAGAAAGCAGCAUUGACAUUUUUACAGGAUGAAAAUAUGAUCAACUUCAUCAAAGGCGGACUCAAAAUUAGAACAAGUUACCAAAUAUAUAAGGAAUGUUAUUCUGUUCUGCAGAUGACUCAGGGCAACAAAAAACAGAAAGAAACCUAUUUUCAAUUUGAAGGGGGAGUGAAGCUUGGAAUAGGAGCAUUUAAUUUGAUGUUAUCUCUUUUACCAGCAAGAGUUCUCCGACUACUAGAAUUUAUUGGGUUUUCAGGCAACAGGGAAUUGGGCCUCAUACAAUUGCGAGAAGGUGCAUCUGGAUCCAGUUUGCGGUCUACAUUAUGUAGUUUAACUUUACUCUUAUUUCAUACUUAUGUCUCCCUAGUCCUUGGCACGGGAGAAGCCAAUAUUGAGGAAGCUGAGACUCUCCUUGAACCCUAUCUCCAGAAGUUUCCAAAUGGCUCUCUAAUUUUAUUUUAUUCUGCAAGAAUAGAAUUACUCAAAGGAAAUUUUGAAAAGGCACAGGUGAUAUUCCAAAACUGUAUUAAGUCUCAGGAAGAAUGGAAACAGAUUCAUCACCUCUGUUACUGGGAACUGAUGUGGUGUUAUACAUUCCAGCAAGAAUGGCUUAAGGCAUAUCAUUAUGCAGAUCUGCUUUGCAAAGAGAGUAGAUGGUCCAAGGCAAUAUAUGUGUUUCAGAAAGCUGCAAUUCUGAGUAUGCUCCCAGAUGAAGAGGUGAAGCCAACUGGAGAGAAUAUUGUAUCUUUGUUUAGACAGGUGGAGGGCUUGAAGCAGAGAAUUGCUGGCAAAUCUAUCCCAACGGAGAAGUUUGCAGUGAGGAAGUCCCGGCGUUAUUCCAGUGCAGCCUUUCCUGUUAAGCUGAUCUUACCUGCUCUGGAAAUGAUGUACAUCUGGAAUGGUUUUACUGUAGUAGGCAAAAGACCUGAUCUCACAGAAAAUCUCUUAAUCACUAUUGAAAAAGCAGAAACAACUUUACAAAAUGAAACAAGAAAGCACGAAGAAGAGAAUGCAACAAGAUGGGAGCAUACAAAGAGGAGGGAAAGAUUUUCACGGUUUGGAAAAGAGUCACGUGAAAAGUGCAAUGAUUACUUCACGGAUGACCAGUGUUUGGUGCAGUUACUGAAAGGUCUCUGUCUGAAGCACUUAGGACGACUCUUGCAAGCUGAACUGUGUUUCAAUCAGGUUAUUCAAAGUGAGAAACAACUAAAAUUUGAUCACUACCUUGUGCCAUUUACUCUGUAUGAACUGGGACUUUUAUAUCAACUACAAGGAGACACAGAGAAGGCCUUACGAAUAAUAGAAACUGCAAAAACCAACUACAAAGAUUACUCCAUGGAGUCCAGACUGCACUUUAGGAUCCACGCAGCACUCAGCAGUUUGAAAGGCUCUCCUGCUUCUACUCCUUGAUGGAAGCCACAUGGGUGGAAGAGUUUUCUAAACUGGCAGGAGCUUCUCCUCUAGAGAAAUCCUUGUAUUAAAAUCAAUAAGUGAUCAUGUAUAUGAUAGAGAAGGAAAAAGCAAAUUGAUUUUAUUAUCAAUAUUUUCUUUCAUCUGUCUCUGUUUUGAUGUUGUCUUCUUGUUUUCCAUGUUUUCCUAUGGAAUUUUGUCAUAGCUUUGUCCAGUCCAUUAUUGGAAAGUCUUUAUUUUGUCUCACAAGAAGUUUAAUGUUACAUUUGAAUUAAGGUGUGUGUGGGGGGGUUAUUUUAAGACUUUCGCCUGCAAUAAAGUCUACUUUAGAUAAUUUUUUUUUCUAUGUGCAGAUUGGUAUCAUUGAAGUAGCAGAAUGAAAUCUUAUGAUCCUGGAUUACAACUAGAGGAUUCAGGAGAGGCUGUGUUUCUGUACUAUGGUAUUUCACGUGCUUUGGGUUCCAGAGCUGAAUCUCUUAUCAGCUAGUUAGUCUCCAUGAGCAUUUUAUGACCUGAUAGUUUCCUUUUCAUACAAAAAUAGAAAUCAUCUUCAUGUAGAAAUAACAAAAUUUUUUUUAUAGAUAUACACUCUUCUGAAGAGUAUGGUACAAAACUAGCAAAGGACAGGAACAAUUGUUGCAUUGAUUUUGCAGGCUUAAAGGCACCCUCACUUGAAUUGAAACCAGAGUAUUGCCUUUUUCUUCCAUCUGAUAAGAGGAAGCAACCAUUUUUUUUUUUUUUUUGGAGAGGGAGAGAUGUUGGCCUCUACUUGAAUGUAUUGAAAUCAUUUGUAUUUCCCAGAUCAUGUUGUAUGUCUUUCUAAUGAGAAAAAAAAAGGCCAUGGAAUUCCUAGGCUUUCAGUAGUGAGAAAGGAAGGCCUGAAAGUAUAAGUCUAGAUUGUUUUUUUUUCCCCUCCUCAGGAAGUAAAGCACAAUUAACAUUGUUUAUAGUAUAAUUUUAUUUAAAUAGUUCAUUAUGUUUUGGUGAUUAGUGUCUGAUUUUACGAGCUCUUAUUGCUUUUAAUUUUUUUUAAAGUUCUGCUUUAUACAUUAGUAAUAUGGCCAGUCCUUUAUUUGAAAAUUAAAGCCAUGGCACACUUAAAUUAAUAAUCAUUUUUUUAGUUGAUUUUAAAAUACAUAAGACAUGGAAUAAAAAAUUGCUGAUAUUAUAAUACAUCAGACAUGGAAUUUCAAAUAUUCAAAAAUUAAUCCUUAAAAGAUAUAUUUCAUAAUUGCCAUCACAUUUUUUUUUUUUUAAGAAAAGGGGUAAUUCUGACUUAGGACCAAAUAUCAGCUGUUAAUAGCCACAUUAGGGAACAUCAGAUAGUUCAUGUAUUUAGCAGAGUUCUUUUAUUUAUAUUUAUAUGAGGUAUUAUUUGUUACUUUAAGUAAAAUAGUAUGCCCUUUUUUGGUAUGGUAUUGGCACAUGAUUAUUAGCUGGUCCAAAUGGUCCUUUUAUGAAUUGCAAGAUAUGAAAAUCCAAACAUGUUACAUUGAUUCAUGGAACUAAAGUUAAAAAAUAUAUUGUCUUAGUAUUUACCAUUUUGUUCAUUCAAAAGAUAUGUACUUAACAUCUCCAAAUUAGAAUAGACAAUAAGACAUGUAGGGAACAGAAAUCUUCUAGUUAUUAACUCAUGUUCAGCAUGUACAUGAUAUUUAACAGGGACACUUAAAAUACUAUAUUGAUAAAUUUUCAUUAGUCUACUAAUAUAAUGAAUGUACUUGCUAUAUAUAUCUAAUUAUAGAAGAAAGAAAUUCAGAAAAAAGAUUUUUUAAAAUUCAUCUGUGGCAAGUAGCUUGGAAAAGUGCAGUAAAUCCAAAAUUUUACAUGUUUGAAGCUACUUUUCUGGGAUGGCAUCAUUUAAAACAAAACUCUGUGGCCUUGCUUGGAAUUGUUUUGGUUAAAUUAUUUUAAACUGAGCAUCCUUGUUCAUUAUUUACAGGCAGUAUUCAGAACUGCAUAGUCAAUAAAAUAUUUUUUAAAAAAAGGUAAACUGCCUUAUAGAAACCAAUUGUUAAAUUCUAUGCUGUAGUUUUUAGAAACUUUUAUUUAUAAAUUGCCAACCACAUUAAAAAUAUUUUCCAUUCCAAAAUUUCAUAGUAAUUGAUGUUUAUAUUUACUGUCAGCUUUUAUUUUCUAAAAUGCUAAGCAAUAUAUAAAUCUGCCAGACUAAUUUUAGAGGCCUUAAUAUGGUUCAUUCAUUCAUUCAGUCUUUAAGUAUUUGUUAAGCAUCAUCUUUUUAUAAGGUACUCUUUUAGACACGAAUUUCUUCCAGUAGUAAUGUCUAUACUAAUUGUUUCUCCUUAUUCACAACCACUUAUUCCUCAAGUCCAGCAGUCUAGUUUCCAUUUCUGUUACUUGACUGAAAUUAUUAUUUUAGUGGUCAACAAUGAAUUUCUUAACUAUCAAAUCCAAUGGCCUUUUCUCCAUCUUCAUUCUCCUUUACACUUUUGCAACUUUUGACAUUGUUGACCACCUCUCCUUAAAACUUUUUCCUUUCUCCUGUUCGGUGAUACAGUACUCUCAUAGUUUUCUCCCUACCUCUCUGACCAUUUUUUCUUUUUCAUAGACUCUUCCUAUCUCUUAGAUAUAGGAAUUCUCUGAGACUACCCUUGGUCCUUUUCUCUUUCUGUAGUCUCUCUUUUGGGAUUCUCUUUUACUUCUGUGACUGUCACCAUAAUUACCAUUGUGUAGAUGACUCAAUAUAUAUUCAGACUUGAUCUUUAACUAUCUCUACUGCAUACCCCAUCUCAUACUGCAGGUAGAACUUCUAAUUUAUGUCUAAAAUUACUUUUGUAUCCUGCUUGAAUCUGAAUUUCCCCUCUUCAUUUCUGUUCAUUAUCUCCCUAUAACUCAAACUUAAAAUUUAGGUAUUUCUUUUACCCUUCCCUUUUUCCUCCAUAUUGAAUAAUUUCAUAUACCCUCUCAGCUGGUAAAAUUAACUCACACAUUUGUUCCUUCAUUCCCAUUAUAUUUAUCCUAGUUCAGUCUCAUCUGUCUUGUCUAGAUUAUUGCUUUGAUAUUCUUACUUAGCUCUUUGUCUCCAAUUUCCAAUAGGAUGUCCCAGAGUGUUCUUUCUAAAGUACAGUUCUAAUCAUGUUGUCUCUCUCCUACUUAGAAGCCAUCAUUGGGUUCCCACUUUCUCCUGAAUAAAGUGCAGACUCCUUAUCCUGAUAUUCAAGAGAGUCCACAAGUUCACCCUAUCUUUUCAGCCUUAUUUCACAUAUUUGAUGUUUUUCCUUGUUGUUCAAACCAUCCUAGUCUUUGCCUUUGACUCCCUUAUAGGGAUACUGGGAGUAAAGUAUUUUAUAUAUACCUUAAAGCACCAUAUGAAUGUAAAUUUGUGUGUGUGUACCAUCUACUAUACCUUUCCCUCCCUCUAAGACCCUGUUCUCUACCUGUUAAAAGUCUACCCAUCCUCAAAACCCAGAUCAAAUUCCACUUCAAAGAAAGUUCAGGUUCUACUUUAUUCUUCUUCAUAUCUUCCAUUGCUCUUUGUUAAUAUUUUAUCUCUUGUAUUUUAUUCAUUUUUGUGUAAAUCUUAUCUUCCUGAUUAAACUGUGAGCUCCUUGAAGGUAGGGACUCAUGCUUUCCUGAUCUUUGUAACUCCUAAGAUCUUUAUUAGUGGCAGCAGGAACAUAAUAAAUAAGUUGAAUUGAAUAUCAACCCCCUCAGUAUGACUUACUGAAUCCUCUUAUUGAUUGUACUGUGUUUGAAAUGAGAGCCAUAUUGGUCAAGACUUGUGAUUAUACAGUAUGUUUUAUCAGGAUGUUUGAGAGCUUGUAGGAUACCUAACAUACCUUCUUUUUUUGGUGACAGGACAGCAGUGAUAACAGUCUUUAAAUAGAGAUAUAAAGAAGUUGUAUUCUGUUAAACAUUUUGACAGGGAAACUGUCCAGUAAUACUUGACAAUUAAUGGAAAAAAAUCCAUGUUAAUUCUCACAUUCCUAAUCUUGUAUGUUUUUUAUGGGUCCUAGCAAUCUCUAGUUAGUUGUGAUUUAAAAAAAUUUUUUUUAAUUUUAGAAGUUAUCUUCUGACAGUUAUAUUAUGGCUCAUAUAGUAGUCACAAUUGUUCAUUUUUGAACACUUUUUCCUUUUCAAAUUAAUUUCUUGAUGUCUGUUACUAUAUGCAUACAAGUUAAUGAUUUUACUCAUUGGUAUAAAAUAGUUUCUUCUUGACAAAAUUUGAGGUUGUCUUGGAAUUAUGCUUAUUAAUUUAUCCUUGAAUUUACUACCUCUCUUUGCUGUUUAUUCCAGGUGAAAGUCUAGUAAGGUUACAAUUUAUUCUCAUGGUACUUGAUAAUAUUUCAUGAACCAUAAAGCCUGAAAGAGCAUUUAAGACAUCUAGUUACUACCCCUGGUUUUGGACAGAAUUUAGUAUAAUCUUUCUUAGAGUACUGUUUACUUCUAUUUCAGUACUGCUCUCAAAGCCCAGUGGUACCAAACUCAAGGAGAAAUGGGCCUAUUAUACCAUCGUAAGGAUUUCUGGAGGCCUCAUAUUGACUUGAAAAACACAUUAACAUUUUCUAUUUUAUAUUGUAUUUUUAUUUUGCUGUCACAUUUUAAUCUGGUUCCAUGAUAAUCUGCUGCACUGAGUGUUUGACAUCUCUGCUCUAUAGUUUAUUAUAUAAGAUUACUAGAUGUUUCCCAUUUUUUGGUACCAUGUACAUUUGCUUCAGACUGUAUUUGUAUUGCUUACUUUUUCCUCUCUUAAAUUGUGUCCUGUACUUAUAUGUUUUCCAUUUGUUAUUUCUCUCUUAGUCCCAGUUUAUAAAUGUCACUGAACAAUUGUAAAUUCACUCUUGGAAACUUUAUUUGUAGCCUCAUUUUUUGCGGGUUAGGGGAAAUUUCUUUUUCUUUAUGGCAAGUUUUUGCCAUGGCAUUCGGGAAUAAGUCAAAAAGUGCACCAACUAAACCAUGUAAACUGGAAUUUCACUAUAAUAUAAUCUGUGAUGUGGAGAUCAACAUAACAAGCCUUUACCUAGAAACCUUUCAUUGAAGUUCAAUUACCAGAAUUGCUAAAUGGAUGUCAUUAUAACCUACCUGUCCCUGUCCACCAUAAUUUCACUUGUGGCAGAGAGUUCUGGACCAUUGUUAUAGGGUUUUCAGAGUAUUUAAAUAUCUUCUAAACAGUUGUCAAUUAAUCAUGACCAUCAUGAUUAUGACUUGUUAGCCCGAACCACUCACUAAUAUUAAUGGGCUAGGAUUAUAAACUUUAAUUAACUCCUACCUUUUACAGAGAAAGAAACUGAGUCCUAAAAAAAGGAAAGGGAAUUGACCAAAAUGACUCUGGUAGUUAGUAGCAAAUAAGUGGAAUUUAAAUGUGGGUCCUGUCACUCUUAAGCCCAUGUUGUUCCCAUCAAAGCAGGCUGUCAUCUACAAAUUAGUUAUGGAAUUCAUUUGCCUUACUUGUGAAAUGGAUUUAAUGAUAGCACAUAAGCACUACAAUGAAAGGAUCAAGAAGUGUAGAUUCCUUUCACCUCUGGACUUUUUUAUUCAUCUUUCAAAGAAGGUUAGGCAAAAUAGUCUCUAAAAAUCUUAUUUAAAUAAAAGCAUUUAAUUCAAUAGAUUUUUUGGGGAAAGUUUUACUUUGUUAAUUUUAGACUUUCAGCAUUUCAGUGACAAUAUUUCAUAGUUUUUCUGCAAAAUAUUUAUACAGUAGUCAAACUAGAAUAUAAUUUGAUAGGCUGUUUAUUUAAAUAUAAAUUUCCUGCUUUUUGCUUUUCUUUAUUAUUAGCUUUUGUGCUUGUGUGUGGGAACUAUAUGUUUUUCACAGAUAUUAUUUAGAAUGUGAGUUUUCCUCUUUGGGCAGAUCUUUGACAUAUCACAUGCAAAAAGUAAAGACCAAUAUCUAAUUCUGAUCUUUAAAAAAUGUUAAGUUCUACCCCAUUUUAUUUUUCCAAAUUUCACAUACAAUUUCAUUAUAGUAUCUGUUUAGACUAAGAUAUGCAUACCAAACCAUUCUUUAUUUCUGUUCCUACAACCACCAAAAAAGGUGGGAAUGGAGAGGGAAGGGAAAUAACUUUCAGUACAUUUGCCUUUCGUUUUUUGUAGUUAGAUUUUGUCUAAUUUUUUAGUAUUAAGAUUAUUACCUUCCCUAUAGAUAGAGAGCUAUGAGAAAAGUGCUUCAUAAAUUCUUGGGUUGUAUGGAAAUGUGAGCAAUUAUUCUUUUGUUUUAAAUUACUGGAUGAAAGAUUGAGAGAGAAUGAUUUGUAAGAAUUUGUAGCAUGGAAAAUAACUGCUAUGUUUACUAUUAUUUAAUUCACAGAGACAUAGGAAAAAACUAACUCUUUUGAACUCUAGAGAUUUAGAAAUCCAUGUAAAUAUCCAUGGAGGUUAUAGGCUUUUUGCUAAUAACAGAGGCCUGGUUCAGAUGAUCUCUUUAAUUCUCUUCCAGGGCUAUUCUUAUUUUUCUGUAAUAGUAAUAAAUAAACCACUGAACAUAAAGGUCACUACUGAUUUGUUGGACAGAGAUGGGUUUGUCUUUGUCUAGGUUGACUAUAUAGACCUAUCUCAGAGUAAGGCCAAUAACCCUUCCCUUCUGAGGAAUUCUAGUAGGCCUUUUCAUUGUGUUUACAAUCUGUAAAUUUGCUUCUGUUUCACAGAAUAACACUUAACAGGCUUGUUUAUUAGAAAAAAUCAAAUCAGCAGGCUUAUUGUAUUUAGAUUUUAAAGAAUGCUUAUAAAUUGUACACUUUAGUAUAAGUCAAAGGAUUUUAAUGCCAAGCUUUAUUAAGUAAGUUUUUCUUAAUACAUAAGUUUGCCUUUUCCAAUACAGUUAUUAGACAUACCUCACUUGAAAUAUGAGAGCUUGAGGAAGUUUGAUGUUUCCUCAAGAGCUGUUCAUUCACUACUCCUCAGUAGUUAUUAGUAAAUUUUCUUAAAUUAAUAGCAGAUUAUUUUCUAAAAGUACAUGUUGUAGAGAUGGAAGAAUUCAAUCUUGAGAAUAUUUGGAAAAUUAAAUUUAACAUUAGUUUAACAUUUAGAGAAAGUUAUGUUGUCCUUUGAAAUGCAAGAAAUUUUGCCCAAAUUGAAUGUAAUAAGAUGAUCUUUGGAAGUAAUGUAGACAUUAUAGUUAUAACUCAAAAAAAAAAUUCUUUAAUGGAGUCAAAUGUCCAGAUGGCGAUGUUUUUGGUUCAAUAGAUUUAGAAAAAUGUAUAUUACAAUACCAUUUUUUCUUGUGGCUGUCAGAUACUUUUUACUUAUCAGUGUGUUUCUUUAAGAAACUGGUUUACAUGAAAAGAGAUUAUGGCAUAUGUAAUAUUUUAAUAUUGUAUAACUCUAAAAAUGUAGAGGCUUCAGGGAGCUGUUCAGUCCUCUGUACAAAUAAGAUUUUUAGUAGGGAAGUUCAUGUGAAUGUUUCACUGAUCUGUGCUGUCCAGAAAAAUCAGUUAAUUUCUAACUAUAUGCUGUAUUCUUUCAAAGUUUUAGGUGAUAUUUUUAUAUUUAGGUUUAUUUUUUGUACAAUUUUCCCCCUUUCAUUGACAGAUGGUAUCCCAGCCCCUUAAUGAAUACCAAAUGAUUCACUUGUAUGCCAGUGUUUUGAAUCGUCAUUUGCUAAUGCUCAUAGAACACUUUGAGACUUCUGGAUGUUUGCUAGAGUCCAUUUAGAGGCAAAACACAAAAUUUAUAAGUGAAAAGUAUUAUUUUGUUAACUGCAAUUCAUUUUCAGAGUAAAAUUAUUUUUUUCAGUUAUUUUUGUAGUAUCUUUACCUGGGAAACUCUGACUUGCUUUUUUUUAAAAGCACAUUUUUGAUAUUUCAUGAAUUGGUUAUUUGUUUUUAUUCUUGGUUUUUUAUUUAAACCAGUGUUCUAACUUGAUGUUGAGAGAUUUUUGAGAGUACUGUCAAGCCAUGUAUUUUUAUUCUUUGCUGUUGCAUUCUCUGAAUUAAUAUACUAAAAUAUAAAUCUAGAUUAUGGAAUAAAAGGAUCCAUGUGGCACUGCAUGGAAUUUAUAUAACAGGCUGCUGUAUUAACUUAGUUCUUUGCUGAUGAAUCAUUAAAUCACAUGGAUGCACUUUAUAAUGAAAUGUUAUGUUAGACAAAUGUCAAUAUCUUAUCCUUCCCACGCUCCUCCUCUUCUCUCUCCUGUUUCUCUGAACCCCAAAGAUUAGUUUUGCUGAGCAAAAUAAAUUAAGGCAUUGAAGAUGUUUGAGUUCUUUGGAAGACAACUGUGAGUGUAAAUGAGUAACAUCCUUUAUUGAUGAAAUAAGAGAGAAAUCCAGUUACCAAAAAAAAAAUUACAGAUAUUAAAAUUUUCUAUGUCUUUAAUCCAGAAAAGAAAAAUAUGAAUCUCAGAUAUUUUUUAAUAUUUAAAGUUAAAUAUAUUUCCAGUGAGUAUUCUAUACUAUUUAAGCCUAUAUUCUUCUCAGAGUAUUUUGUUUCAUGUUCUAUGUUAUUUGUAAGCAGACACUUAUAUGGGCUCUGACCUUUAAGAUGAAUACAACAGUUUCCUGUGGUUUGAUUUUUAACAUUGAGAUAUCAUACAAAGCUGUAUUUUUAAAGCACCUAAUAAACCAUCUCAUCUCCAAA